UGUAUAUUUCAAGUGGGUCAAAUGGCCCUCCCUUCCCUACUUCCCUAGGACACUUUUGGGGACUACAAAUUCAUUCCCACCCUCCCUCUCUUCUUCCCAUGCCAAUGCCAACCAAGUCUUCCAUUCUCUCACUCUCUUUGUUCCUCCCUCUCAAUUACUUGCUUGCAAUACUCUAAAACGCCGUACUCACUUACCUGUGCUUCUUUUUUUCACUCCUCACAAAACAGAACACUCUGUUUCCCCUGUUUUUCACUUCUUUCUUCUUUUUCCACCUUUGAACAUCUCAACAAGCCACCACAUGGCUGCAAUUGUACACCACGGAUUGCAGUCACACCUCGAGUCCCAACACGCCGAGUCAAUAGCUCUCAAACUGAGGCUCCCUUCCUCAAAACCACCCCUCCCUCAACUCAUCGAUUUAGCCUUCAAACCCUCCUUCUGGGAUUCAAAUUCAACCAUCAAACCCCACAACGAAGAAAACAACAAGUCCACACCCUCAAACCCCAACUCUUGGAGCUUCCUCGAAGCUCUCUCCAACAUCACAAAAGAACCAUCACAGAACCAAACCACCUACGUGCACCCUCAGCAGAAACGCUCCUCGCUGAGCCUCAGCCCAAAGAGCCUCCAACUCUGCACCGAAAACCUCGGAAACGAAAGUGGCAGCGACAGUGGCAGUGACAGCGAUGAAAACAGCAUUGACAUGCUUUCUUCAUUGAACGGGAAUUCGGGGACAAGGGAACAAGCCCAACAAAGGCAACCUCGUCAACUUUCGACAGCGAAGAAAGCGAAAACCCAGAAUUUUCCACCCCCUUUGACAACGAUAAGGGGAUCUGACUCUCUUCGUGUGAGACCCCACCGCGAAGAUGGACGGCUAGUAAUCGAGGUCACCAGGGUCCCACCUAGUCCCUCGUGCUUUCAUGCUGAAAGAAGCCAUGGCCGCCUUCGCCUCUGCUUUUUGACAAACCACACUCCAAGUUUUGACACGGAAGCAGCAGAAGAUGACGUUGAAGAAAACGAGCCAUUUGCCAAUGAAAAAGAACUCGAAAACGAAAUAAGUGGACAAGUAAAAGAUACCAAAGAAGAACACGAGGAAACAGAGAACGAAACAGGGGAAGAAGAAGAAGAAGGGGGGGAGGAGGAAUGUGUUGCAUGUGGGUAUGUGGAGAGUGAUGUUAUUAUCAUGGAAAAGUACGAGAGGCUGAGAAGUUGCAACGAAGGUGGUGACCACGAGAACUAUGAAUUUUUAAAUUGGAGUGAGCCACGUUUGGUGGCUACUUCGUAAAGCUAGUUUAGUUAGCUAGCUACUACUACCUUGAGAUUUUUGUAUCUCUAUUAAUAAAAAAUUUACAUUUGUCUUUUUCCCAA